CGGGACACCUGUUCCUGUUCCCCCCAUCUCUCGCUCGGACGAGGGAGGCAGCACACCUCUCUCUGGAGAGCAGGUUUUUUGUUUUUUUGUCUGCCGCCAUAGUCGCUUUUUUCCUUCCUUCUCUUGAAGGGAACCCGUUUUUUUUAAUGCGACAAAGCUAUCUAACAGGCGGAAGGUAAAGAUGCAGACCGAUGUUCGAUGUGGCGAUGUUCGAUGUGGGAGUCCCAACUCGCCCGCGAUGGCGGCAUUGGCAGGCGUGCUGUUGAUCCUCCUCCUCCUCCUCCAGCUUGCCGGCCAUGGCUAUGCAGUUUCUCCUCCUCCUGGCUCCGUGACGAUCGUCGGCUCCAGCUUUAACGGCGAUGGAUGUCCGAGCGGCAGCUCCGUUGUUGUCGUGCUGUCAGAGGACGCCGAAAUACUCACUGUCUGGUUCGGCGACUACGCUGCUUCCUCGGACAGCCCCGCCAGUGAUCAACGAAAGCAGUGCACUGUCAGCGUCCAGCUGAGUUAUCCUCAGGGCUUCACUUUCACUUUCGUCGACGUCAUCUUGAACGGUUAUGCUCAGUUGGAUGCAGGCGUUAAGGCCAUCGCAAGGACGAGUUAUUACUUCUCCACUCUGUUAGGGACUGGUAGAGCCACGCACCAGUUUCAAGGGCCGAUGGACGACGACUUCGAGGUUCGGGCAAGUUUCGUGUCGCCUGCAAGCAGCAGGUGCAACAUGAUCCGGGACCUGAACAUCAACUCUGAAGUGAGAGUGAAUGCCGGGAACUACGUCCCGAGGAGGAGAGGACUCAUCACGGGGGACUCCGACGAUCUGAAAUUUACGCAAAUAUUGGCCUUCUCCUGGGAAGCGUGUUAGCUCCAGUUCGGGUUAACUUAACGAAGAGUACUAAAAUCUUCUCGGGGGAUGUUAAAAGCUUCU